CAUUUUAAAUCUGGAUGUUCCAGCCCAGAGCUAAAAAUCUUUUCACAGUUAUUGUGUACACUAUUUUAACUAUUAGCUUUAUUGAUUCUUCAGAUUAAGUAACAGCAGCAACAGGAACGUGAGCAUUAAAAACAAUUGUAAGUUUUGUAAAUGAAAUGAAGAUUGCUCAACCCCAGUGAUCUGGGAGACCGAGACCAUUGUGCAAUCUAUGCUUCCAUCACUCUCAAUUUAGUAAGAGUAGUACUUCUAACAGCAAAAUUCCUACAAUAUCCUAUUCAAAUGAAUCCAAUUGGAAUGACAUUUCUGGCAGCUUUUAUUUUGCUCUGUUUGGCCAUUCAGAGUGAACUCAUCAUCUGUAAAGAGAUUCCUGUAAAACAAUACCCUUUGCAUCUUCAUGUUGAACCUGGGCACUCAGCUACCUUAGUUUGUGCUUUUGAACUUGAUGUUGGGAAUGAAAAUGAGAUUGAUGUUUACUGGAUUAAGCAAGUAAACCAAAGUGAAACCCAUGAUGUACUCCACAUUUCUUCAAAGAGCUUUCAAACACUGAAAACAAACACAAUUCAUAAUAGUUCUGAAGGAUCCUUCAGUUUCUCUGGCAAUCUAAAACGAGGUUUAAUGGUUCUAGAAAUGAAAAACAUGCAAAAAGCAGACUUUGGCUUGUACAUAUGCAAAGUAGCCAGAACUAUACCCCCUCCACCCAUGGAAGGAAGAGGGCAUGGUACUAACAUAGUUGAAUACAGGAAAGAUUCUUCCAAGUCAGGAGCUGGGAACAGAACAUAUCCACAUCUGCAUUGUAUCAGUGAAAAUGCAUUUAUUACAAUAAUUGUGAGCCUUGUUAUAUACUCUUUUAUUGUGACAGUCCUUGCAUUAGUUUGUUGGAUUUACAAAAGAAGAUCAAGUGAAGCACAGAGGGACUCAUUGAUAUAUGUAGACAUGAGAAAAAGGAAAGAAUGAAGUGAAACGAGUGAGGACAAAUUAAGUUCUUUUCAUUCUUGGAAAUCUAAUGUUCUUCAUACGCCAGGCAAUGAAACUCAAACUUCCAUUCAAACAAAUCGCAUGGACACAAUCGUUUUAAGUGUACUUGGUUAAUUCUACAUUUGUCAUCUGUAUGCAAUCACAUUAAAUAACCAUCCUGUGUAUAGAGUGUAGUUAUAUAUACAUGGGCAUGUAGAAGGUAGGAUUUGUUCAAACAACAAUCUGACGAAAUGCAAUGGUUUUUCUGAAUGGCUUAUUUAAUGAUACUGCCCAAGGUUACGCCUUAAACAUUAAUGCAGAAGUUGCAAAUCUCUGACCAAUUCUCUGUUGUUCUUCCAAAGAGAGUCUAUCUGUCUGGAAAAUAUUGUGAAAGCCAUUUAGCUGUAACAUAUAUACUUAUUAAUUUAUCAACAUUAGAAUCAUAGUGGGUCAAUUUCUACAUAAUUCCCAUUCUUCAAAAGUACAUAAGAUAUUCUUUUGCAGUCCACAUGGGUUUAUCUCAUCAAAAUUUACUUCUGAUCAAUGGUAAGAAUUUUAAAUGUUGUUAUGACUAACAUAAAUUUCCACAAAGAGAUUAAGCCCAAACCUUCACUAUUUAUAAAGUUCACUACAAUAGCAUUGUUAACAUCUAUUGGGAGGCCGGUUAGCUAAUGUGGCUAGCCGGUGGUUCAAAAUAACUCAAAAACUCAGGUUAAUUCCUGGGACCAACUAAAGUAGAAUUAAGAUCUUAUGAUGACAGAAAACAUUUCAACUGGAUCACCUAAACCGCCCUUUAAAAUAAUAAAACUGUAAUUGUCUCUCGAUGAAUAAUCAUAUGAAUUUUAUGUAUAAAACAUUGUGAGACAUAUGCCACACAGUGUUCCACAUUUAAUGUACAAUGGGAACUUUUAUUGCAAUAUAUUUAAGUAUUACUUGCAUCUCCAGAUUGCUUUUCUUAUAUACUUUUUUGGAUGCCUCCAGAAUAUUUUCAAGCUCCUGGUAGGAAUCAAGGCAACUUGCGCUAACACAGAUGUAAGAUAACAUUCAUAUGCGCCAAUGUUAUUUGUGAAUUGUGUAGAAAAUUCGACUUUAUCUUCAAGUAAAGAUUUGUCCCAAGAAGUAGCUAGAAAAAUAAAUUCUGUUAUUCUGCACUGUCACACACUGGAAUGGACUGAGCAAGCUGUGAAAUUGCUGAUGAUGAUCUUUGAAUUAAAAGUACUUUUAUUUGGAUUUGUUCCUUGAUA